AUGAAUAUUGAAUCUGAGGUUGAAUCCGAAGUUGAAUUCAAAGUUGAAGCCGAAGUUGAAGCCAAAGUUGAAGCCAAAGUUGAAGCUGAAAUUGAAGCUGAAGCUGAAGUUGAAAAUCUUAUUUUCGAAAUCCCAUCCGGUUAUAUGAAUAUAAUGUUUGCUAAUAAUUAUAUUCGAAUCGACAAUGCUCUUAAAAUCGAAGAAGUUGUUUUAGAUGAAGCUGCUAUUAUUGAAGAAGUUCUUCAUAAGUCAAAUUCAAAUAGUAGUGAUAAAGAAAGUGAUGUUGAAAUUAAAAUAAUUCCUCAUUCAGUUGCCUUGGAACAAUGUAGUUUACUAAUACAGUAUGUAGAACAGCAAGAACCAGAAAAAUUUGUAAAGGAUCAAGAUUUGCCACAAUUACGAA